UUAAAAAGUACACACAUUCGCCUAGUAAAACCCUACUCCGCUUCUGUCAUAUAAUCCCAGCCAAUACAGAGCUUCUCGCUGCUCUCUGGUUCGCACUUCGUCAUACGGCUUCUCCUAAACCUUUCCUUCGCUAUCUCCUUCGCAAUUUCAUAUCAUCGCAGCCAUGUCUAAAAAGAAGACUAGAGAGCCAAAGGAAGAGAAUGUUACACUUGGACCUGCAGUAAGGGAGGGUGAGCAUGUUUUUGGAGUGGCCCAUAUCUUUGCAUCAUUCAAUGACACAUUCAUUCAUGUGACUGAUCUCUCUGGAAGAGAAACCCUUGUUCGAAUAACAGGAGGCAUGAAGGUGAAAGCUGACAGAGAUGAGUCUUCACCGUAUGCUGCCAUGCUUGCAGCACAGGAUGUCUCACAGAGAUGCAAGGAACUUGGUAUUACUGCUCUUCAUAUUAAGCUCCGUGCUACUGGCGGGAAUAAAACAAAAACUCCCGGUCCAGGUGCACAGUCUGCUCUGCGUGCGCUUGCUCGUUCUGGAAUGAAAAUUGGUCGCAUAGAAGACGUGACUCCAAUUCCCACUGAUAGCACUCGCAGAAAGGGUGGUAGAAGAGGUAGAAGACUGUGAGCUUGUGUUUUCCAGCUGUUGUGGUUGGUGUUUUUAUUUUGGGAUCGCAGCCGAAGAUGCAUUUCAUUUUUGGAACUAAAAUUGAGCUUAUACCAUAUGAUUUGCCAAUGAUUUAUGAACUAAUGUAGAAGAAAGAUGUUACUGAAUACCAGGAAUUUUUGUAUAUCGCAAUACGUUGCUUUGGGCUUUGGCUGCCUUUGCUUCAUAUGGAUUCAUAUUAUAAUUCUUGUCGUUUUAA